AUGGGAUUCACAACUGACACUUUAAAGUAUAAGGCGUAUACUUUUAAAACGAGAUCAGAGCCAAUUGUAAUUCGUGAUCAGGAAAUCAAAUUACAAAAACAAAGUGAUGGAAGUUAUAACGUUCCAACUUCAAAGAUCCUUGUCAAAGUCUAUGCGGCCGCCUUGAACCCUGUUGAUCUUAAAAUUCAUAAUUUAGCUUAUUGGCCAGUUCAAUUCAUUUUGGGAUAUCAAGGUCUUGGAAAGGAUUAUAGUGGUAGGAUUGUUGCCAUUGGGAAAAAAGCUCAAAUAUCAACUCAUUUAAAUGUUGGUGAUCUUGUUCAAGGGUUUUAUCCUCAUUUUAGUCCUACAGGUACAUUAAGUGAAUAUAUAUUAGUGGAUGGAACUAAUAAUGCUGAUAAACAAAUAACGAAUAUCCCUAGUAAUAUCACCUUAGCUCAAGCAGCAUCUUGGCCAUUGGUAUAUGGAACUACAUACCAAUUAACUCAUGAUUAUAAUUUCACUGAUAAAAAAGUAUUGAUUUUGGGUGGUGCUACAUCAGUUGGAAGAUAUCUUAUUCAAGUCAUUAAAAGUAAAGGAGCCAAAGAAAUCAUUGUAACUUGUUCUCCAAGAUCAGUUGAUUUAGUUAAGCAAUUAGGUGCUACUAAUACCAUCGAUUAUACUCAAGGAUCAAUAUUAAAUCCAACUUUGGAAUUUGUAAAAGAUGGUACAUUUGAUCAUAUUUAUGAUUGUAUUGGAAAUGCAGAAUUAUUCCCUUCAAUUUAUGAUAUUUUACCUUCAGAUGGAUCAGGUAAUUAUCAAACUAUUGUAGGGGAUGGUAAAUCAUUAAAUCUAAGUAUAAAGACUAUUACAUCUUACUUUACAGUAUUUAAAAGACGGUUUGCAUCCAUAAUCCAUACAUUGGGAUAUAAUUAUCGACUUCAUUUACUUAAUAGUGAUGGUGAUUGGAUUAAAGAAGGUCGACAAUUAAUUGAAGAUGGGCAUUUAAAGAUAUUUGUGGAUACAUAUUUCAAAUUUGAAGACCUUGAUAAAGCCAUUGAAUUAUUAGCUACAGAAAAGGCUAAUGGUAAAGUGGUGGUUAAAAUUGAAGAAUAA